UCAACUUUGCAUGCACAUCACCAAAAUAAAACUAAUAGACAAACAGUGUGUUGAAGAAUUAAGAUGAGUCAAGAACAGCCUCAGAAGGAGAAUCAUGAGGAGGAAGGAAUCAAAUAUGGAGAUGUGUUCAAUGUGAAGGGAGAGAUGAAAAGCAAGCCGGAGGCGCCGGUGGACGCGGGGAUGAUGCAAAAGGCGGAGACGGAAACCACUGGUAAGACCCAAAAGGCUGGUGCCGCGAUGCAAUCGGCGGCGGCGAAAGAUGAGAGAGGAGGGAUGGCGGGGCACAAAGAUAAGAAUAACGUUGCCGCUGAUGGUGGUGUUAGUGUGACUCAGACUGAGGCUCAUCUUUCGGGGAGCCAGGUGAUAUCGGAGUCCGUUGCAGGACAGGUUGUUAACAAACUAGAGGAAAAGAAAAGGAAAGUUAAUAAGUUGGUUGAGGUGGUGAAGCAAUUUAACCAAAAGGCUCCACUGAAUACGAUGACGCCACCUUCUAUUGUUCAAGAAAUGGGCGCUGGAGGUGCUGGAAGCGGGAUCACCAUAGGCGAAGCACUCGAGGCCACGGUUCUGACCGCCGGAAAGAAGCCCGUCGAGUGGAGCGACGCCGCGGCGAUUCAGGCCGCCGAAGUCAGAGCCACUGGACGCACCAACAUCGUCCCCGGCGGUGUUGCCGCCGCGGCUCAAUCUGCCGCCACACUCAAUGCUCGAGUUACAAAGGAUGAGGAGAAGAUCAAACUCGCAGAUAUUCUCGCGGAUGCGACUUCGAAGUUACCUUCAGACAGAGCAGCGACUCGGCGAGAUGCAGAAGGGGUGACGGGUGCAGAAAUGAGAAAUGAUCCAAACCUCACUACUCAUCCUGGGGGCGUCUCUGCAUCCGUCGCUGCUGCUGCUAGGCUUAACAAAACCAAUACCAACACCUAAUAAUAAUAAUAAUCAUAUUUAAACUCAUAUACCAUACCAUACCAUACCAUGUAUGUUAUCGCUUUAUUUCCCUUUUACUUUCUUUCAUCCAAUGAAUGAAAAAUGAGAGUGAACAAAUCUUAUGACCAAGUGUUAAUUAAGGUGCUCGGGGUAUCUUCAGGGGACCAUUUUCUAUCAAUAAUCUUAUAAACUCCAUUUUCCUUUUAAUUCUUUGAUCUAGCUAGUUUUCUCCAAAGCAGAUGGGUAGAGGUAGACAUUUAAUCCCCCCCUGCAUCUGCUUGGAAUCGCUACAACCAGGAGUAUGGUUGUAACUUCAUGAAAUGAAAUUCUAGUUUACAAAAUAAA